CCUGUCCUCUCCUUUUCCAUAAUCAGCCCUCAAUUCUCAAAAAAAUUUCGAUUCCAGAAUUACUUCGGAAAAUUACCGAACGCCCGAUCGUAACUCUCUAACAUUAGUUCUCUCCGAUUCACCAGUAAUUCCAUGCGAUUUGACGUGAGUAUAACCCGGUGACUCUCUCAUCACUUCCAUAUUUGUCACGAAAUCCCCGGAUUAUAAAAAAAACUCGACAAAUAAAUUCGGAGAACGAGACGAAAAUUUUCGAGAAAAAAAAUCUGACAAAACGGUGUGAUGACGAUGCUAAAGGACUAGUUGCCAGUUACAAAAUGAGUGAAAUGAUUUUUCGUGGAGACGAUCUGCCUAUCCUCACGUACGAGAAAUGAACGCGUAGAGGGGUGUGCGUGUGUAGGCGCCUACAGAAAAGUUGUAAAUAAUGGCGAGAUUGGGAACGGUUUCGAUACCACAGUUGAAUGCAACGAUUGUUAAACAAUUGAGUAGCAGGAAGAUAUUCACUGUGGAUGACUUCAUCGCUGAAACGACUGAGAGCAUGACGAAGAUUACAGGAUUGGCCUAUAAGGACAUUUUGGCAAUUCGAAAAGAGAUUGUUUAUAAACAUGGAGGAAAAGUCAAAAAUACCCUACAGUCAUUAGAUGAGGAGAGAGAAAGUGUUUCUACUGGAAUUCCGAGUUUGGAUAUUUUGUUGAAUGGGGGGCUACAUCCAGGCCAAAUGUACGAAUUCUGUGGAACAUCUUCGUCCGGAAAAACCUCCAUUUGCCUCGCAAUUUCCACGAAUGUAGCUUUGAAUUCAGAUUUCGUUGUUCAUUAUAUCGAUUCCAAACGAGAUUUUUCAUCAUCGAGAAUUCAAAUGAUCUUGGAGGAGCGUAAAGUGAGCAAUGAGGAAGUAGCGAGAGUGAUGGGGCAAAUAAAAUUGACGCAAAUCCAGAGCCUUCCCGAGCUAUUCUCAACCCUCUACAGUUUAGUAUCAGCGAAGGAUGAUAAACUGAGGGUGAUAAUAAUAGACUCUUUGCAUUCGCUGUUCCACGUAACAACAGACAAUUACGAGUCACUGUAUUCCCUGAACCAUUUAUGGAACAUCUGCAAGUAUCUGGCUGACGAGUGCUGUCUCUCAGUGAUCACAGUCAAUGCUGUAACCCAAUGGAGAGAGAAUGAAAGUCUCCCAGUAAAUGGUGCAGAGACUUCUACAAUUAUCAAACCAAUGCUGGGGAGGUUUUGGAGAGGAGUUCCAAACACGAGGAUUUAUGUCGAGGAAAUGGGUAAUGACAAGAGGAAGUUGACGAUCUGCAAGAGUCAUGAGCUUUCGAUUGGCAAAAAUGUUGAAAUUAAAAUAGUAAAUUCUGGGAUCAUAUGAAUAUGAUAUUCAUUUGGAAAUUGAUUUUUGAAAGAAUCCACUUGUUUCUGUGACAAGAGAAAUAAAAACAAUUUUUCAAUUCCUAUAA